CAAACACUUGAAAAGGAUUGUAGUAGUGCUACUAGUCAUGGCUUCCUCCCUGUCAGUGGUAGUGCUCAUCCUGUGCCUAGCGGCGUCGGCCACGGCGCAACGACUGUCGCCGACAUUCUACUCUAGGUCGUGUCCCCGAGCUCUGGCCACCAUCAAGGCCGCCGUGACGGCCGCGGUGGCACAGGAGCCUCGCAUGGGGGCCUCCCUGCUCAGGCUCCACUUCCAUGACUGCUUUGUCCAAGGUUGCGACGCGUCGGUGUUGCUGAACGACACGGCCACCUUCACCGGGGAGCAGACGGCGUUCCCCAACGUGGGAUCGAUCAGAGGCUUCACCGUGGUCGACAACAUCAAGGCGCAAGUCGAGGCCGUGUGCCCGCGCACCGUCUCCUGCGCCGACAUCCUCGCCGUCGCCGCCCGCGACUCCGUCGUCGCGUUAGGAGGGCCUUCAUGGAGGGUUCUUCUCGGGAGGAGGGACUCAACGACGGCGAGCUUAUCUCUGGCCAACAGCGACCUGCCAGCUCCGUCUUUGGAUCUCGCCAAUCUCACCGCUGCGUUCGCCAGGAAGGGCCUUAGCAGAACCGACCUAGUUGCUCUCUCAGGCGCGCACACCAUCGGGCUGGCGCAGUGCACCAACUUCCGGGCUCGGAUCUACAACGAGACCAACAUCAACGCGGCGUUCGCGACGCUGCGGCGGGCCGGCUGCCCCGCGGCGGCCGGCAACGGGGACGGCAACCUGGCGCCGCUGGACACGGCGACGGCCACCGCGUUCGACAACGCCUACUACACCAACCUGCGGGCGCAGAGCGGGCUCCUGCACUCGGACCAGCAGCUCUUCAACGGCGGCGCCACGGACGGGCUGGUGCGCACGUACGCCUCCACCCCGACACGGUUCAACAGGGACUUCGCCGCCUCCAUGGUCAGGAUGGGGAACAUCAGCCCGCUCACCGGCUCGCAGGGCCAGAUCAGGCUCGCCUGCUCCAGGGUGAACUAACUACCCUAGGACACACAGGAGCCUGUUCGUCGUCUCAGCUCCCAAUGCAAGCGAUCCGAUCCAACAGUGAUCACACGUGUCUGGGAGCUAUGUAAUAAGGCCUUUUUCGGCCACUACUGUCACUUGUAGUGCUUGUGUUUGUACUACUGGGCGUGGUUCAUGCACAGGAACAGCCCUUUAAUUUCUUGGGUCAUCAUCAACAUCAAGCGUGUGAAAUGACCGAGAAAUAAGUGGCGUGUAGCCAACCCAUGUCAUGUACUCCAUCUGAAACUUGUGAGUAGUUGCCCUCAUGCAAAUGCUUGUGGGACCCCCCGACCCCCGCGUAGUUCCCUUGCCCAACCAUGUUACAGUGUUACAGUUGCAAAUUGUCAUCGUGGCAGUAUCAUACCAUCAAUGAAAUGAAAUGAUGUUCAUGUGAGAAG